UGCAAAAUCCGUAAAACUUCCACAUUUCAUGGACUUGUUUCCUGUCUGGUUCAGGGCCGUGAUAUAUGACAGGUGGAAGAGUUGAGGCAGUCCAGUCCGAGCUCGUAAGGUCCACUGGCCCAGGCGUUGUUAGGAUUCAAGCUAAAAUACAAGAAAUGGCUUCCACACGGCUGUUCAUUGGAGGACUGAGUGAUAGAGUUGACAGGCAGGAGCUUGGAGAGAAAGUGGCACGUUAUGCUCCUGUCACCAGCAUUGACCUCAAGGAAAAGACUGAUCUGGAGGGAAAUGUUGUGCAAAGGUUUGCAUAUGUCAAUGUAGAUGGAGCACCAUCUCAGGUGGAACAGUGUAUUGAGCAGCUGAAUGGUGUGUCAUGGAAGGGCUCCUAUCUUAGGGUGGAGCAAGCAAAGGAGAGUUUUCUUGAUCGUUUGAACCGGGAACGAGCUGCCAGGAAGGGAGAAGACAACACUUACUUUGGAAGAUCAGACUAUUUGGGCAUCAAAAGACAAAGACCAAAUGUCAUAAAUACAGAAGGUAGUCUUGUGGAAUUCAGAGAACAAAGAUUUUCUAAAGAACAUUCAAAGAAAAGAAAAGAAUGGAAUACUAAUGAUGAAAACUGUUUGUCUCCAGAAAAGAAAAGUUUACAAUAUAGUGAAGUUUUACUGCCAGAAUCUCAUUUGGUCUCUGGAAAGAAAGAAAGAAAGAAAAAGAAAAAUGAGGUUGAAGCAGAAAUUUUAUCCAGUUUUAAACAGUUCAGUUCAGUGUGGGCUGAUUCUGAUAAUGAAAAUGAAGAUGCACAAGGGGGAGGCAAGUUUGCUAAGCCUGGCCAGGAGUCACAAAGAGGAACCAAAGCCAUACAGGCUGUGGCUUCCUCCAGAGUUGUCCAGAAUGAUGAUUCUGAUGCCACUGUUGAGGAAGACUCCAACAGCAUCGGCAGCUGCACUGGUGUGAGGGAAGAGCAGCAGACACAGCUGGAUAUUUUGGAAGGUCUUGAUGACCCUCACAGUGGAGGGAGGAGUGCUGUGUAUGAGAAAGGCCAGGACAUGGGGGAAGAACACCAGCAAAAAAGAGGCCAAGUUGCAGCAGACAAACCAACUUUGAAGGAGACCAUGCCAUCUGAACCUGACGCCAGUAGCAAAUAUGUGAGGGUGUCCAAAGACCUGAGUUUUGGUCAGAACACGGGCUUCAGCUUGCUGGCUCAUUUUUCCAGGAUGGGUAAAGAAGAAGCUGAGAAGGAAGAAGUGGCAGCACCACCUGUAAGUGUCCCAAGGUCACUUGUUACUGUGCACCAGAAAGUGAAGAGUAGACCUUUCUUCAUAUGUAAGGAUGAUCGUGAGAUUAAAGGUUUGUCCAAUUAUUUUGUUGUUGCAGUAGCUCAGUACUAAGGAGAAUUGGAUGUUUAAUCUUCCAGACAACUAUUCA